CGCCUCCGCCGCGUGCUGUCCUGUGUGCGGACCGCGUGCCCAUCGUGCGCAGAAGCCCAGUGCAGCCCCCGGAGCCCCCUCUGCACCUCCGCCGCUCCCCGGACCGCGACCCAGGCCGCCCCGAGAUGACCGCGACCGGAGCCCUCCUGCGCGUCCUCUUGCUCCUGCUGGCUUUCGGCCACAGCACCUAUGGGGCUGAAUGCGACCCAGCCUGCGACCCCAAACAUGGCUUCUGUGAGGAUGACAAUGUUUGCAGGUGCGAGGUCGGCUGGGAGGGCCCCCUGUGUGACAAGUGCGUAACCUCCCCUGGCUGCGUCAAUGGACUCUGCGAGGAACCAUGGCAGUGCUUCUGCAAGGAUGGCUGGGAAGGGAAAUUCUGCAACAUAGACAUGCGGGCUUGCACCUCAACCCCCUGCGCCAACAAUGGAACCUGCGUGGACCUCGAGAAGGGCCAGUACGAAUGCUCCUGCGCCCCUGGGUUCUCUGGAAAGGACUGCCAGAACAAGGAUGGGCCCUGCGUGAUUAACGGUUCUCCCUGCCAGAACGGAGGGGCCUGCGUGGAUGAUGAGGGCCAGGCCUCUCAUGCUUCCUGCCUGUGCCCCCCUGGCUUCGCGGGCAAUUUCUGCGAGAUCGUUAACGUUAACAACAGCUGCACCCCUAACCCAUGCGAGAACGACGGCGUCUGCACCGACAUCGGGGGCGACUUCCGUUGCCGCUGCCCAGCUGGGUUCGUCGACAAGACCUGCAGCCGCCCGGUGAGCAACUGCGCCAGUGGCCCGUGCCAGAACGGGGGCACCUGCCUCCAGCACACCCAGGUGAGCUACGAGUGUCUGUGCAAGCCCCCGUUCAUGGGUCCCACGUGCGCGAAGAAGCGCGGGGCCAGCCCCGUGCAGGUCACCCACCUGCCCAGCAGCUACGGGCUCACCUACCGCGUGACCCCUGGGGUGCACGAGCUGCCAGUUCAGCAGCCCGAGCACCACAUCCUGAAGGUGUCCAUGAAAGAGCUCAACAAGAGUACCCCUCUCCUCACCGAGGGACAGGCCAUCUGCUUCACUAUCCUGGGUGUGCUCACCAGCCUGGUGGUGCUGGGCACCGUGGUCAUCGUCUUCCUCAACAAGUGCGAGACCUGGGUGUCCAACCUGCGCUACAAUCACAUGCUGCGCAAGAAGAAGAACCUGCUGCUGCAGUACAACAGUGGAGAGGAGCUGGCGGUCAACAUCAUCUUCCCCGAGAAGAUCGACAUGACCACCUUCGACAAGGAGGCUGGAGACGAGGAGAUCUAAGCAACGUCCCCCUAGGUCCCUCUAUAGUAUCGGGGUUCCGCAGCGCUUGCUAUAUGCAGUCUGUGCUUCUCUUUGUGGUGGAGCUUGCUCUCUUUUGUGUGAAGUCUAGUGAACGCUAUGCUUACACGUGUUGUCUUUGCAUGGCUGUGUGACAUGCUGCCAUGCUAUCUAAGAACCCCCUUACUCCCUCUCAAUGCAUGAUAAUGAAUAAUAAUAAUAAGAAUUUCAUCUCUAAAUGA